AUGACUGGGGACGAUCUGGACGAAAAGCUACUCGCUGUUCUGGAUUGGGAGAGUAAAAGGGACCUUUCAAGGACCCAGGAAACAGAGAAUCGCCUGUGGGCCGCGACUAUACGAAAGCCCUGGAGCACCACAGGAAAGCACAAGGACACCCUUGAAGCCGAACUCGAUGAUAUCAUCAAGAACGACGACGACAAGGAUGAGGACGAAUUUCUCAAGGACUACCCUCCGACUACAUUUGACAGGGACAAAACCACCAAGACUGAUGACGGCAAACGGCCUGGUCGCGUUAACAACCCUCCCAUUAAUCCAUACGGCAAUUCCCAUAGCACCGUGUUGCUGCCGGCUCGCAAGUUACCCAUGGCGCUCAUCAUUGGCCGUGCAGAUUUGAAGAAAUGGGCAAUUGCCUUCAGAGGGGUUUCCCGACUUCGUGCACCGCGAGAUUCGCAAGUCCAGUGA